AGGUUCCGGGGCUGUCCGCUUAACUAGCAGUGCCCUCUUCCAAGGCCACAGGGAUUCUGGAGCUGGCUGCUCAGGACCUCUCCUGAGACCAAGAGAUCUCCUGAGACCAAGAUCCUCCUGAACAGACUUGGCAGGUUUGAACAUGCACUGGCUGUGGAAACUCCAGGGACUCUGCCUCCGAUGGGGGACUUGGAUGCCCCAUCGCAUGGUCCACAUUCGGACCAGGCAUCUGGCACCCCUGCAGUGGGGCCACCAGGAAGUUCCUGCCAAAUUUAACUUUGCCAGUGAUGUGUUGGAUCACUGGGCUGACAUGGAGAAGGCUGGUAAGCGACACCCUGGCCCAGCCCUGUGGUGGGUGAAUGGCAAUGGAGAUGAAGUCAAGUGGAACUUCCGCCAGUUGAGUGAACUCAGCCAGCAAGCAGCCAAUGUCCUCUCAAAGGUGUGCAGCCUGCAGCGUGGGGACCGUGUAGCAGUGGUGCUGUCCCGAGUGCCCGAGUGGUGGCUGGUGGUCCUUGGCUGCAUGCGAGCAGGCCUUGUCUUCCUGCCCGGGACCAUCCAGAUGAAAAACAAAGACAUUCUCUACAGGCUGCAGGUGUCUAAGGCCAGGGCCAUCGUGGCUGGGGACGAAGUGGCCCAGGCAGUGGACACUGUGGCACCUGACUGUCCAUCUCUGAAAACGAAGCUACUGGUGUCUGAGAAAAGCCAGGAUGGGUGGCUGGACUUCAAGACACUACUACGGGAAGCCUCGACCACUCAUUGCUGCAUGGAGACUGGAAGCCAGGAAUCAGCCGCGAUCUACUUCACCAGCGGGACCAGUGGUCUUCCCAAGAUGGCAGAACACUCCCACGCAAGCCUGGGGAUCAAGGCCAAGAUGGAUGCUGGAAAAUGGACAGACCUGCAAGCCACUGACAUAAUAUGGACGAUAUCAGACACAGGUUGGAUAUUGAACAUGCUCUCCUCAUUCCUGGAACCUUGGACAUCAGGAGCAUGCACAUUUAUUCAUCACUUGCCAACAUUUGACCCACUGGUCAUUCUAAAGGUGCUGUCCAGCUAUCCAAUCAACAGCAUGGUAGGAGCACCCAUUGUUUACCGGAUGUUGCUACUACAGGAUCUUUCCAGUUACAAGUUUCCACAUCUAAAGUACUGCUUCACUGGAGGAGAGACCCUCCUUCCAGACACUCUGGAGAACUGGAGGGCCCAGACAGGACUGGACCUCCGAGAAUUCUAUGGCCAGACAGAAACGGGACUGACUUGCAGAGUUUCCAAGACAAUGAAAGUCAAACCUGGCCACCUGGGAACCGCAAUACCCCAUUAUGAUGUGCAGGUCAUAGAUGACAAGGGCAAUGUCCUGCCUCCUGGUACAGAAGGAGAGUUGGGCAUCAGGGUCAAACCCAUCAGGCCUGUAGGCUUCUUCUCUGGCUAUGUGGACAAUCUUGAGAAGACAAUAGCCAACAUUAGAGGGGAUUUCUGGUUGACGGGAGACCGGGGAAUCAAAGACCAAGAUGGGUAUUUCCAGUUCUUGGGGCGGGCAGAUGAUAUCAUUAACUCCAGUGGGUACCGGAUUGGGCCCUCAGAAGUGGAGAAUGCACUGAUGGAGCACCCGGCUGUGGUUGAGACAGCGGUGAUAAGCAGCCCGGAUCCCAUCCGAGGAGAGGUAGUGAAGGCGUUUGUGGUCCUGGACCCACAGUUUUUGUCCCAUGACCUGGACCAGCUCACCAAGGAGCUGCAGCAGCACGUGAAGUUGGUGACAGCUCCAUAUAAGUACCCAAGGAAGAUAGAGUUCGUCUUGGACCUGCCUAAGACUGUCACAGGGAAAAUCCAGCGGGCAAAACUUCGAGACAAAGAAUGGAAGAGGUCUGAGCAAGCCAGGGCCCAGUGAGACCUGCAGGGGGGGUUCCUUUGGAUUCUUAUCCUAUUUCUCCUUUAAUUUCCCUUUGAAUCACCUGCUUUCCCUCUGAGGAUACGAGACUCUUUAUGACACGACAUGAGCUGAUGUUUGUCUUUCCUUGGUUAUUAGUUCAAAAUCUUGCCAUGUUGGCUGUUGAAAAAAGAAAAAGAGGGGAGGAAAGAGAGAGGGGAAAAGAGAGGGAAACAGAGAGAAAGGAAAGAAAAAUGAGAGGAAAAAGAAAAGAACAAUAGAAACAAAUUAGGAAAUGAAAAGGAGGGAGGGAGGAAAGUUGGGAAGAAUUAGAGGGAGAAAGAUAACUUAAAGGAGGAAGAAGGAAGCAAGCAAGGAAGAAGGAAGGAAAGAAGGGGAAAUAAAGAAAUGACUCCAUAACACAGUAAGAAAAACUGAUAAAGAAAAAUGAUGGAAGGCAGGAAAAAUGGGAGAAAAAGUGGAGAGGAGGAAACUGACUCCCCCAAGUAGAUAGAUUAUGACAGACUCAUGCAGAAACUUGGAUCUUAGGAAGGAGACAAGGCUAUGACACCCUAUCAUCCCCCAGGACAAAAACUUCCCUACCGAGAGGCUUGUGGGUAUGGUUGAGACUUUAAAUUAUCCCCAAGUCACUUCAGACUGAGGGGCAAUCAUGACCGGAGUCAGUACCUUCUUUGACAUUGGUAUUAGCGAUAUUUUUUGGAUCUGUCUCCUCAGGAAGUGCAACAGAAACAAAAAAAGCAAAUGCGAUCAUAUCAAACUAUAAAACUUUUUUUUUUGUUUUGUUUUGUUUUUGCUUUUUAGGGCCACACCCUGGGCAUAUGGAGGUUCCCAGGCUAAGGGUUGAAUCUGAGCUGUAGCCACCAGCCUACAGAGCCACAGCAACGCCAGAUGCAAGCCGCAUCUGCAACCUUCACCACAGCUCACAGCACCGCCAGAUCCUUAACCUGCUGAGCCAGGCCAGGGAUCGAACCCGCAACCUCAUGGUUCCUAGUCAGGUUCAUUUCUGCUGAGCCACAAUGGGAACUCCCAAACUAUAAAACUUUUGCACAGGGAAGGAAACCACCAACAAAAUUAAAAAGGCAACUUACUGAAUGGGAGACGAUAUUUGCAAAUGACAUAGCCGGUAAAGGUUUAGAUCCAAAAUACAUAAAGAACUCAUAGAAAUCAAUAUUAAAAACCCAAUUUAAAAAUGGCGAGAAGAACUUAAUAUAUAUCCUUGUCCAUCGAUAGAUGAGUGGAUAAAAAAGAUGCGGUAUAUAGUGGAAUGUUAGCCAUGAAAACUAUGAACUCUUGCCAUUUGUGGCAACAUGGAAGUAUCUGGAGGAUAUUAUGCUAAGUGAAAUAAGUCAGACCAAAAACAAAUUCCACAUGAUUUCACUUGUGUGGAAUCUAGAAAACAAAAUGAAUAAACAAAACAAGACAGAAACAAACUCAUAGAUACAGAGAACAAACUGAUCAUCUCCAGAGGGGAUGAGGGUUUAGGGGGAUGAACAAAAUAGGUGAAGAGAAUUAAGAGAUGCAAACUUCCGGAUAUACAAGAAAUAAGUCACAGGGAUGAACCGAUAAGAAAUAGAGCCAAAAUAUAAUCACUUUUCAUGGUCAUGAUAUUAACUGGUCUUAUUGUUUGAUCAUUUUAUAAUGUAUACAAUUUUUCAUGGUCAUGAUGUUAACUGGUCUUAUUGUUUGAUCAUUUUAUAAUGUAUACAAUUAUAAAUUCACUAACUCACUACAUUGUAUAUCUGAAACUAAUAUAAUACUGUCUGUUCAUUACAAUGCAAUAAUAAAAUAAAGUACCCACCAGAA